AUGCUGCGCACGGACCAGCUGCGCACGGACCAACGCGCACAGCCUGCCCUAAUCUCCCCAUCUGCCAGCGUCCCCUCGGGACACCCUAUAUUCACUUUCCUUUCCCACAGGUCGGGUGGUGCGCACCCCUACGGUACAUUACGAUACUACGCGCACCUCCCCGUCCUUCCCCCAUCCAACGUGGCUGCCUGCCAAGGCCAGAUCCAUGCAUUCGACUCCCAGGACCUCAUCGACGUCUACAUCCCAGACGGCCCUGAGACUGUCCUCUACCAUUGCGAGCAACAACCGUGCCCAAAUUGGACACCCCGAUCGAUCGAGGAAGAUUACCCUCGUUACAAGGCGAUCCGACGAGCGCAACACCCGCUCGGACCCCAAAGUACCCUCGCGUCUCGAUCGGCCUCGCGGCACUCUCGCCCUGUCUCCCCUACCUCCCGCCUCCCUCAAACUGUCGUCAAUCAAGCGCGAGGAGAUCUCCCUCCAGACCCUGCACCAGAGCCUGAGCCUGAGGAGAGUCACAGUGAAGAAGGAGUCUCGGAGUCCGAGUCCGCGGAUCCUGCUCGGCCCGCCUCGCCGACAGCGCUCGCCUCCACGUCAGCAGUCCCUGAC